GUGAAACCUUUAUCCUGGGGAAUAGUCUGGCCCGGUCAUUAGAACCACACUCGGACUCAAUGGACUCUGCCUUGAAUCCCACCAACCUUGUCAGCACCUCUCCAAAUCUUCGAGCUCCUGGGUACCGGCCCUUGCUUCCCACCUGUGGCCUCCCACCAAGCACUGCCUCAGCUGUGCGCAGGCUGUGCUCCAGGGGAGUGUUGAAAGGAUCAAAUGAAAGAAGGGAUAUGGAAUCAUUUUGGAAACUAAAUCAUUCCCCAGGCUCUGACCGAUACCUGGAAAGCCGGGACACCUCCCGAUUGAGUGGCCGAGACCCCUCCUUUUGGACAGUUGAGGACGUCAUGCAAUUUGUCCGGGAAGCUGACCCUCAGCUUGGACCCCACGCUGAGCUCUUUCGCAAACAUGAGAUCGAUGGCAAGGCCCUGCUCCUGCUGCGCAGUGACAUGAUGAUGAAGUACAUGGGCCUGAAACUGGGGCCUGCACUCAAGCUCUCUUUCCACAUUGACCGGCUGAAGCAGGGCAAGUUCUGAAGAGAAGUUCAGAAGCCUAUACAACUGAGCAAUCAGGGGCAGAAGAGGCAAUUCUUCUCCCUGGAAGGAGGCCACCAGCCCACUCCCAGGUGCCUCAGCAGGGCUCCAAGCCACCUCAGGACUCCAGGAGACCAGGGAGCCACCACUGCUGCCCCCUCCUGCCAUGAUACGUCCUUCCAUGAAGGACAGAGGAGGGGAGUGUGUGGGACCAGGGCCAGCACUUCUCUUCCCCUCAGCCCUCCGUGGCUCCCAGGUUCCCUCUAUUUAUUUCUCAAGCCUGACUGGCCUCUCACCAGGAGUUUAAACCGAGCAUCUUGCAAGUGAUGAAGGAAGAGGCCAACCCUAAGGCCUUGGAAGACCCUCGCACACAGGCCCGCCACCAUCUCCUGUGCUUGGUGUGGCAUCCCAUGGGCCCCAGCUACUACCUUCUCACCAGAUCCCCAGACUUCAAACUCAUGGUGCAAACCUCUACCUUUAAAAAAAAAAUUUAUUAUUUCUGGCACUUGGGCAAACCCCUCUGGUUAAUGCUCAUCUUACUCCAGACACUGAGUUUGGGGAGGAGGAAGACCCCUGCCCUGGUCCCAAAGAGGCCCUGUGCAGGCAGGCUUGACCCUUUCAGAGGGUAAUGCCCCUAGAGCAUGUUCUCUUUGGAAUGGACUGACCCGCACUGCUUGCUCCGCAUAGGAGGAAAGGAUCCCGUCAUCCUCCCUCUCUUGCCUCACAGUGCCCUUUAUAUUCCUGGGCCUCAUCUGUGGAAUGGCAGCUCUCCUCCCUCGUGUCCUCACCACAGCUCUUUGCCCUGGCCAGAAUUGCUGCAGAAGAUUGGGCCCAAUGCCUUUAGGCCAAGAAGGCCCAAAGCUGGGGAGGGAGGGGCCUCCAGGCUGGAGUGGCUCUGCCCCUCCGCUUGCUUGUGUGCUUCCUUGUAAGCAAGUUAGCAGCACUGCUGCUCCCGCUGCCAUCUGGACUAUUUUAUGUCGAUUUGUUUAUAAAUAAAAAACAAUACAGAUGCUAGUGUCUCUUUAACCAGUUGACAGCCAAAUCACUUUGCACCUAGUGAGCAGAUCACUCCACUUCUCUUGGCUUUGAUUUUCUCCUAUCUAAAAUGAGG